GUGAAGGAAUGAUAGAAAAGAAACGCCGUUUCCAUCAGGAGCCCAUUUCUCCUGCAGCUCCUCUCCAGAAAAGUUAAGAUGGGGACUCGUGUGCUGCUGUGGGUUUUAUGUCCUCUGCUGCUGCUCAGCGUGUGCAGACCGGCCGCUGCGGUCAGCGUCAAGGAAGACCUGGCCGAAUGCCUGAACGACACCGACUACAGCGACCUGAUGAACACCAUGAAGAACGGCCUCCCCCCCAUUAAAACCUGUCAUCAUGUUGUCAUAGUCGGAGCCGGCAUGGCUGGACUGACGGCCGCCAAGCUGCUGGGGGAAGCAGGACACCAGGUGACCAUAGUGGAGGCCAGCGGUCGGGUUGGAGGCCGUGUGCACACCUACAGGAAUGAAAACGAAGGCUGGUACGCCGACCUGGGAGCCAUGAGGAUCCCCAGUUAUCACUAUAUCGUCCGAUCAUUAAUCCAAGAAUUUGGUUUGAAGAUGAAUAAAUUUCGCAUGGUCGACAAGAACACCUUCUACUACAUCCACGGCCUGCGGACGAAAACGUACGCCGUGAUGAACAACCCCGACGUUCUGAAGUACAACCUGCCAAAACCAGAACGCCACAUAUCGCCGCUGAAGCUGCUGGAGAGGGCUCUGCGAAAGGUCAAAGAAGAGGUCAAAGCUCACGGCUGCAAAGCUAUGCUCAAGAAAUACGACCAUUAUUCUGUAAAGGAAUAUUUGCUAACUGAAGGCGGUCUGAGCGCAGAGGCAGUGAGGAUGAUCGGGGAUUUGCUGAAUGAAAACAGCCUCAUGCAUCUGGCUCUGACUGAGAUGAUCUACAUCGAGAACGACGUCAGCGACGUCACCACGUACGAUGAAAUAACUGGAGGGACGGAUCUUCUGGCCAGCGCCUUCCUGACUGUCCUGGACGCUCCCAUCCUUCUGGACUCCCGGGUGAGGCGGAUCCACAGGUCUCAUAAGGGUGUGACCGUGUGGUACCAGAGGGAAAACAAUCCGUCUUUAGAAAGUCUCCAGGCCGACGCUGUGCUGGUCACCACCACGGCCAAAGCUGCCCUCUUCAUAGAGUUCGAUCCGCCUCUCUCCACCAGAAAGAUGGAGGCCUUGCGCGCCGUUCACUAUGAAAGCUCGACCAAAAUCAUCCUCACUUUUAAGGAAAAGUUCUGGGAGAAAGAUGGCAUCAUGGGAGGGAAGAGCAUCACAGACAGACCCAGUCGCUUCAUCUACUACCCCAGCCACAGUUUCCCAGGAAACGACAGCAUCGGCGUCCUCCUGGCCUCCUACACCUGGGGCGACGACUCGCGCCCCUACCAUGGAGCCAGUGAUGAGGAGCUGAAGGAGCUGGCCCUCAGGGACCUGGCGCACAUCCACGGCGAGAAAGUCCACCAUCUCUGCACGGGCGUGAUCGUGAAGAAGUGGGAACUGGAUCCGUACAGCCUGGGUGCGUUCGCUCUGCUCGCUCCGUACCAACACAUCGAGUAUUCUGCUGAGCUCUUCAGGCAUGAAGGACACAUUCACUUUGCAGGAGAACACAUGGCUUUUCCUCAUGCUUGGAUUGAAACGUCCAUGAAAUCUGCGAUCAGGGCAGCUAAGAAUAUUAACAAGGCCGUGCAGAAAGAUUCCUGCAAAACUGAGCUGUGAGACACCAAGUCUGAGAGACAAAGUGAUUCUAUUUACAGGAGGUUCAACAUCUCACCUUCUUCACAUUUAACAAAAUUGAUGUCAAAUGUGUGCAGGUAGUACGUUUGCACCACAGUUGAUUUACACAAAAUGUGUUUAAUUCUGUAAAUGUGGGGGACUGGUUGACCUUGGAUGCCCUCUGGAAACAAUUUUAAAUUUUUAAAAUGAUAACGCAAAGUUGUUUUAUUUUGUUGCACAAACAUUUGACACCAAUUUUGUUUAAUUUGAAGAAAUCACAAUUUUAAACGAUAUAUUUGGUCAGUUUGAUCAUCAUCCAGCUCAUUUUAUUCCCUUCAUGCAUUUUGAAUUUGGUUCAGUUCAUCCCAGUUCAGAACAAAUAUUUUAGAGGCGCUUAAUCAGAUCCAAUUCAUGUGCAUAAAUAUAUGAUAACAUAAAGACAGUUAUAUAGAUAUACUGAAAUGCAAAUGGUCUCAUUUCAGUCCUAGUUAAAAUAAAAAAUGGUGCAAAAAAGUUGGUCAAAAUAUCUUCUAGCAACAGAAGUUCAGUCCAGAUAUUUUCAUGAACAAAACCCAAAAUGUUGGAGAUAUUUUCCUAAAUCUGUUGUAAAAGAGAUUAAGGAAAAUAUUGCUUAAUUAAAACCAAUAAGUUUCACUGUUUGUCUUUAAUAUCCACUGUGUGCAGAUACUCUUACAUUUUUAUAGUUUUUCAGGCUGCAGUGAAAAAGUUUUAUUUGACUCUGAUGAAUGUAAAGUUACAAAAGGACUUUUGUUUACAAUUACAUCCAAAACUGAAGUAAAACUGAAAGGUUAGUGCAUGUUAACAUGAGGAAAUAUUAUUAAAUAUUUAUUUUACUUCUGCAUGAAAUGCCUGAAAUAUUUUAAACUUUAUAUUACAGAUUUUUAAACAUAUUCAGGAUUACAGAAACAGCCAAUAGAGAUAUAAAUACUUUUGGUGACCAGCUGGUCAUGAUAACCAGUCUGUAUUUAUUAAACAUAAAUGGUAAUGGGAAAUGUAUUUAAAGUCCUUAUGCUCUCUAGUCGUGUUAAUCUGAAGUUAAAGUGUUUUUGCUCUAGAGGUGAUAUUGUUCUUUCUUUCUUUCUUUCUUUCUGAGUUCAGUUGCAUUUCACAAACCUGCUGGAUUUACUUCAACCAAAACUCUUUGACUGAAUAUAAUUGACAUGUUUUAUUUUCUUUAUACGUGUUGAAUUUACAAAUAAAGCACCGUAUUUAA